AUGAUUGACAUGUGGGUUCAGCCUGAAAUAGAGGAGCUGGACCCCUCACCUUCCAUGCCAGGACAGCAGGUUUCAGACAAGCACCAGCUAGGACGGUUGCAGUAUUCACUGGAUUAUGACUUCCAGACUGGUCAGCUCCUGGUGGGCAUCUUGCAAGCUGAAGGACUGGCAGCGUUGGACCUGGGGGGUUCCUCGGACCCCUAUGUGAGUGUCUACCUGCUGCCAGACAAGCGGAGGCGACAUGAGACCAAGGUGCAUCGGCAGACCCUGAAUCCACACUUUGGGGAGACCUUUGCCUUCAAGGUGAGUUCCUGCUCCAUCACCUCCGUGAACCUGGGGCGGCCGGUGCAGGCCUGGAGAGAGCUGCAGGUGGCUCCCAAGGAGGAGCAGGAGAAACUGGGGGACAUCUGCUUCUCUCUCCGCUAUGUCCCCACGGCUGGAAAGCUCACCGUCAUUGUCCUGGAAGCUAAAAACCUGAAGAAGAUGGAUGUUGGAGGACUCUCAGAUCCCUUUGUUAAAGUGCACCUGCUUCAGGGAGGCAAGAAGGUUCGGAAGAAGAAAACCACCAUUAAGAAGAACACCCUGAACCCCUAUUACAACGAGGCCUUCAGCUUUGAGGUGCCCUGUGACCAAGUGCAGAAAGUCCAGGUGGAGCUGACCGUAUUGGACUAUGACAAGCUGGGCAAGAAUGAGGCCAUCGGGAGAGUGGCGGCGGGCGCAGCCGUCGGUGGCGCCGGCCUUCGGCACUGGGCUGACAUGUUGGCCAACCCCAGGCGGCCCAUUGCCCAGUGGCACUCACUGCGGCCCCCUGACCGAGCCAGGCCAAUGCCCGCACCCUGAUCCCCGUCAGGCAAGCACCCGACCCGGGUCCCUCGCUCCCAGCCCCUUACACGCCUCCCCACAUGCCUCUCCCUACUUCCCAAAUGUUGCAUCCACUCCUACCUCCACAUUGGAAAUGUUUCUAACUUCUAGCACCAGUCCCAUACCCAGAAACCGCAGUGAUCUUGUGGGGAGGUGGUUAAGUCUGGCAUCCCCUGCCCCAGGGUCCUACCCUCUGCUUUGACAAUCAGCUGUGAAGCCUCUUAUCUCCUAUCUCCCAAUCUCAGCUCUUCCCACACAGCUUGACCCCUGUACUGCUCCUGGGCCAAAUAAAUACUCAGCAGCUUGGAGACUCUG